AACAGUGGUUUUAAGUUCUCUUAACCAACAAACAUUCAAAUUGUCCGAUGUCACAUCUCAGAGUGGUACGAUGGGGAAAACAUAUCUUCAGCAGCUCGUCUUUCUGAGCUCACUGCUGAUCUGCACCACAAACCAAGCCUCUCUGACUGUGAGUCCCAGCAGCUCUCAGAUGUUUAAAGGACAGUCUGUCUCUCUGAGCUGUGAGGAGGACGACAGCUCUGCUGGAUGGACUCUGAGGAGGAACACAACCAGAGAAACCAGGACUCAGUGUGGAGCUGAUUGGGGACAACCAGCUGGUUCAUCCUGUAACAUCAGCUACACUCUUAAAUCGUACAGUGGAGUUUACUGGUGUGAGUCCAGAGAGGGAGCAACCAGUAACACCAUCAACAUCACUGUCACUGAUGGUCCAGUGAUCCUGCAGAGUCCUGUCCUCCCUGUGAUGGAGGGACAUGAUGUCACUCUGCGCUGUAAAACAAAGAAUUCCCCCGUCCUCCCAGCUGAUUUCUAUAAAGAUGGCUCCUUCCUCAGGACUGAGCCUGAAGGUCACAUGACCAUCCACCAUGUUUCCAGGUCUGAUGAAGGUCUCUACAAGUGUAACAUCAGCAGUGUUGGAGAGUCUGAACCCAGCUGGGUCACUGUCACAGGUGAGGAGGGAAAAGAUACACACAACUGCUACAAAGAUACAGACAAAUUCUGCAAAGAGAAACCAAAUACCCACAAAGAUACACAAAAUGACUGCAAAGAUAUGCACAACUGCUAUAUAGAUACAUAA